GCCACUGGGCUGAUCCUUCGAAGAUGCAUCUUAGAUGAAGAAGGCAUCGCUUACUGGGAGCCUCCAACGUACAUCAAGUGUGUUUCUAUUGAUUACAGGAACAUACAGAUGAUGACCAGGGAACACCUUGCCAAAGCUCAGCGUGGGUUGAUGGGAGAUGGGCUGUCAGAUGUGCUCCAGAACCUUGUGGAAAUCUCCCAGGAUGGGACCAGCUACAGUGGGGACCUGCUGUCCACCAUGGAUGUACUCAGGAACAUGACAGAGAUCUUCCGUAGGGCUUAUCACAGCCCGACUUCUGGGGAUGUGCAGAACUUCGUCCAGAUCAUCAGCAACAUUUUGUCAGAGGAAAACCGGGAAAAAUGGGAGGAAGCCCAGCUGAUAGGGCCAAAUGCCAAGGAGCUGUUCAGGCUCGUGGAGGAUUUCAUUGAUGUCAUCGGCUUCCGCAUGAAAGAUUUCCGGGAUUCCUACCAAGUCACUGACAAUCUGGUCCUUGGUAUCCACAAAUUGCCUGCAAAUGCAGCAACUGACAUCACCUUCCCCAUGAAAGGCUGGAGGGGAAUGGUGGACUGGGCCAAGAACUCGGAGGACAAGGUCACUGUCUCCAAGAGCAUCCUGUCUUCAGGGCUCUCAGUGUCGGACGACUCCUCCGUCUUCGUGGUUGGGACCGUGCUCUACCGGAACGUGGGUAACAUCCUCUCCCUGCAGAGGAACAGCACCGUUCUGAACUCCAAAGUCAUCUCUGUGACUGUGAAGCCAUUCCCUCGGUCUCUCCUCACCCCUCUGGAAAUCGAAUUCUCCCACCUGUACAACGGAACCACCAACCAGACCUGCAUCCUGUGGGAUGAAAAUGAUGGCAGAGCCUCCGCCUCCGCCUCUCCGCCCGGCGCCUGGUCCUGGCGCGGCUGCCGAACGGUCCCGCUCGACGCCUCCCGGACCAAGUGCCUGUGUGACCGGCUCUCCGCCUUCGCCAUCUUAGCCCAGCUCAGCCCCGACAUGAACAUGGAAAAGGUGCUGGUCCCUUCUGUCACGUUAAUUGUAGGCUGUGGAGUAUCCUCGCUGACACUUUUGCUGUUGAUUAUCAUUUAUGUCUCUGUUUGGAGGUACAUCCGCUCGGAGCGCUCCGUCAUCCUCAUCAACUUCUGCCUCUCCAUCAUCUCCUCCAACGCCCUCAUCCUCAUCGGACAGACCCAGACCCGGAAUAAGGUGAUCUGCACGCUGGUGGCGGCUUUCUUGCACUUCUUCUUCCUCUCCUCUUUCUGCUGGGUGCUGACCGAGGCCUGGCAGUCCUACAUGGCCGUGACGGGCCGGUUACGGAACCGCAUCAUCCGCAAGCGCUUCUUGUGUCUCGGAUGGGGGCUCCCUGCCUUGGUGGUUGCCAUUUCCGUGGGAUUUACUAAAGCCAAGGGAUACGGCACCGUGAACUACUGCUGGCUGUCAUUAGAGGGAGGACUCCUCUAUGCCUUCGUGGGACCGGCUGCUGCUGUCGUUUUGGUGAACAUGGUUAUUGGCAUUCUGGUUUUUAACAAACUUGUAUCCAAAGAUGGAAUAACAGAUAAGAAACUGAAGGAACGGGCAGGUCAGAUGGCAGUGCCCCUUUACGGCAUGACGCUCAAAUGUUCCAAGUGUGGAGUAGUUUCUUCUGCUGAAGUUUCGGCCACAGCCACCAGUAACGCCAUGGCAUCCCUCUGGAGCUCCUGCGUGGUGCUGCCCCUGCUGGCUCUCACCUGGAUGUCUGCAGUCCUGGCCAUCACCGACCGGCGCUCGGCGCUUUUCCAAAUCCUUUUCGCCGUCUUCGACUCCUUGGAGGGAUUUGUCAUCGUCAUGGUCCACUGCAUCCUCAGGCGGGAGGUCCAGGAUGCUGUGAAGUGCCGGGUUGUCGAUCGUCAGGAGGAAGGGAAUGGAGACUCAGGGGGGUCGUUUCAGAACGGACACGCUCAGCUGAUGACUGAUUUCGAGAAGGACGUGGACAUGGCUUGUAGAUCAGUGCUGAACAAAGACAUCACCACGUGCAGAACCUCGACCAUCACGGGGACCCUGAAGCGCCCGUCGCUGCCCGACGAGGAGAAACUGAAACUCAACCACCAGAAAGGCUCAUCCAACUUCAACAGUCUUCCAGCCAACGUCUCCAAGAUGCACCUUCAGGGCUCCCCACACUACCUGGGGGCCAUCAACCUGAACGAGUUCAGCAACCACUCCCUCACCCUGAAGAAGGACAAGAACCAGCCGCCGAAAUCCAUCUACAUCUGCGACGGGGACAUCUUCAAGAAGUUGGACUCGGAGCUCUCGCGGGCGCAAGAGCAGACCCUGGACACCAGCUACGUGAUCCUGCCCACCAACACGUCCACCUUGAGGGCCAAACCCAAGGAUGAGAGCAAAUACAGCAUCAACAUCGACCAGAUGCCUCAGACACGGCUCAUCCACCUCAGCAUGGCCACCGACCCCGGCUUCACGGUCAAGAGUCCCCCGCGGGAGCCGGUGACCAUGGCGUGCAGCGAGGUGCAGGGUUCCUCCAUGAUCCAGCAGCAGCAGCAGCUGGCUCCACAGAACAUCUCCAACGAGUCACAGAUUCCCAACAGCCUGUGUGACACGGGUGACUCAGGGAACUCAGGUGUGGUGUCCAAGAGCGAGACCGUCUCCACCCUCUCCAUGAGCUCCUUGGAGAGGCGGAAAUCCCGGUAUGCAGAGUUAGAUUUUGAGAAAAUCAUGCACACAAGGAAACGUCACCAAGACAUGUUCCAGGACCUGAACAGAAAACUCCAGCACGCAGAGAAGGAGAAGGAGUCUCCAACAACGGACAGCAAGCAAGAAAAACAGCAGACACCAAACAAGAGACCCUGGGAAGGCAUCAGGAAAGUCCAGUCCCCGCCAUCAUGGGUUAAAAAGGACAUCGAACCUGUGGCACAGUCUCCCCUAGAACUAAAAACUGUAGAGUGGGAGAAAACAGGGGCCACCAUCCCCUUGGUGGGACAAGACAUUAUUGACCUUCAGACAGAGGUCUGA